CUCUCCCCCCUAUUGUCUCCCAAUUCCCUCGCAAUCGGUGCUCCGCUCCUUUGAGUCUUUUACACUUACAAUUGUUUCGUAAUCUCUUCCUUCGUUGCUGAGAAUCAGCAGCAAGCCCCAGCCAUCUCCCCAUGCUCGAUAUCGGUAGCACUAGUGCUAUCGGGUCCACCGCCAGCUCCAUGAGGGACGCUCUGCUCCAAGGUAUCCCAGGGCCGCAACAGGUUCUCAAGGCCAUAACAGGCACCCUGGGUGUCUCCUCGCUCUCAGCUCCGGAGCACUCAUCAUCCGAAUCGACCUUCCGGCAAUGUCCCGGGAGUGAAGUGAGCUGUCAAGCCAAUUACCAUGGCCAGGAUACAUGCUGCUUCAACUACCCCGGCGGACAGAUGCUGCAGACGCAAUUCUGGGAUGCCGAUCCGGCCAUCGGACCGGAUGACUCCUGGACGAUUCAUGGUCUCUGGCCGGACCACUGCAAUGGCGGCUUCGAUCAAUACUGCGAUUCCAAAAGACGGUACAGCAAUAUCUCGCUGAUCCUAGUCGACUCCGGCCGCGGGGAUUUACUGGACUACAUGAGCGAUUUCUGGAAGGACUUCAGGGGCGACGAUGCGAAUCUCUGGGAACAUGAGUGGAACAAACACGGCACUUGUGUCAGUACCCUGGAGACUCACUGCUAUACCGACUACUACCCACAGCAAGAGGUCGUAGAUUACUUCGACCGGACCGUCGAUCUCUUCCGAACCCUGCCUACUUACGAGAUCCUCACCAAAGCCGGCAUCACCCCCUCCUACACCCAAACCUACACCCGCGACGAGAUUGCCGAUGCCCUCUCCAAGGCCCACGGCGCUGAGGUCACCAUCCGGUGCCGACACCAGGCACUCAACGAAGUCUGGUACUAUUUCAACGUCGCCGGCGCCUUGCAGACAGGGAAAUUCGUGCCAUCUGACCCAGAUGGGCAAAUCUCCAACUGCCCCCGCAGCGGCAUCCACUACAUUCCCAAAACUCCCCGAAACGGUCACGAGCCAACCAAGACAUCCCGUGGACCAGCUGAACCAACCUCCCCGGGCACGCCCUUUGCCGGGAAAGGCAACCUCAUGAUCUCGACCCUGGGCCAGAAGCGAGGCUGCAUCAUCAGCCACGGCGCGUGGUUCACCUCGGGAACCUGUGCAACCUUUACGGCCAACAAGGCCUCUGAUGACACUGUGACCCUGAAAUCUAGCAAGGGUGAGUGCGGGUUUUCCCAUGAUGUCUUCACAUGCGGUGGUUUCAUCAAGUCUCCCACGGAGUUUACUGUCGAAGACGGCAUGCUCGCCUACAACGGCAACACGACCUUCUUCGCAGACAAGGCGCCCAAAGGCCCAACGAAGAGUAAAGUCUUCGCGACGCAAGAGGACCAUCCUCUCGAGCUAGCCAUAACCUGGAGAGAGGCAUAAUUUCGCCCCCACUCUCUUCAUCCUUGGAUAUCAUGCCCGCUGAUAUCUAUAUACGCAUAGUAGAAGUAGAACCAGCCCUGUUUUCAUAUUCAUUCAUACUAUAGAGUGUAUUGGAUGCAUUUCCUUGACUUAUAACUACUAACCACAUUUUACACUAUCAACUAUACAUUUCGGACACACAACCAUCUAUCUUGAAAUACCACAAGAUAUACAAUAUACCCAAAUAGUCCAAGG